AUGCCUCAUCAAUACAAAACCACACCGAGCGCUGAUAUCUACGGCCCUGGGACUUUCAUGGAUUCGAGUUUCACUCCAGCUCCCCAAGACACUGCUCGGAUUUUUGAGUAUAUUGCAAAGAACACUCUUGGGUUCACUCAAAAUAAAGAACUUUGGGAUACAGUGCAGUUUGAGGGUAGCUCGCUACCAAUCAUUCCUGGUCCAUUCAAGGCCCCUCUUAUUGCAGCUGCCCUACAUGCCAUGUGUGGAGUUGUAGCUCACGAAAUUGUCGAAGAUCGUGACGGCACACUGACGCGUACCCAGCAGGUCACUGUCAACACCGAUCAUGCUGGUAUUUGGUUGGGAACGAUUUUUGCAGCUUCCGUGGAAGGGAAAGACAUAUCUGAACUGGUCAGGUCGCGUCAGCUGUCAGCCCUUUUUCAGCAGAAUUUCGACCGAGACUGUAUGGCCACACCGAUAAAACAACGAUCUACUGCUAUCUACAAAACAAAGACUCCCGGCGUUUGGUAUCAACUUCACGGUUCCCUUAAUCCCAUUCCGGUGCUCCAGUCGAUGGGAAUCAACCCUGAUUACCCUGCCAGAACCUUAGAUGAAGCUUAUGACUACAUCAGCCGGCACGUGGAGCAAUGGAACGCAGACGAGUUGGAAAUGCACAACGUCAAGAACGGCUUUUGCGGCAGUAUCUGCUUUACUCCCCAAGGCUGGUUAGACACGCUCAUGGGCAAGAGGCUUGCGGAUCACCCACUAGUCGGCUACUCUCGACAGUCGCAUGCAAUUCCGACUCCUCCGUCCCCCUUCCCUAAUAUCGCGGGCGAUAGCCGGCCUCUGGCAGGUAUCAAAGUGAUUGAGCUGGUUCGCAUUAUUGCCGGGCCUAUAAUAGGCAACACUCUCGCCGCUUUCGGUGCCGAUGUCAUUCGCGUGAAUUGCAGCCGAUUGACCGACCUUGGUGUAAGUAGCGAAUUUCCGGCCUACUCCUGCUUGAACUUCUUUUUGCUGACUAUUAAUUUGCAGGCUUUACAGCUUACCCUAAAUACUGGGAAACGCACUAUCGAUAUUGAUCUCGACAAGGACGAAGAUAAGUCACGAUUGCGGGAACUCAUUGAGGGUGCCGAUGUUUUUGUUCAGGGCUUCCGCCCUGAUGCGAUCGCAAGAAAGGGCUUUAGCGUCAACGAUCUCCUCGAGAUGGCCGGCAACCGUGGAAAGGGCAUAGUGUACGUCGAGGAGAACUGCUAUGGCCCUGACGGGCCAUACCACGAAAGACCCGGCUGGCAGCAGAUUGGUGAUGCAGCCUCGGGAUCGUCUUACGUGAUGGGCCGGUCUUUGGGCUUCAAAGAUGGUACUAGCGUUCUUCCACCGCUUCCAAUAUCUGACAUGACAACCGGCCUUGUGGGUGCUUUGGGGGCCAUUAUGGCCCUCCGGGAUCGGGCUCGACUAGGCGGCUCAUAUCGGGUGACAAGCUCUUUGGUGAAAGCCGACGCAAUUGCGCUGGAACCCGAGAUCGGUCUUUACUCUCCGGAGAUUGCUGAAAAGAGCAAUCAGUUGUUUCAAUGGGGUCCUAUCAAUUCUUCCCAAUUUGUGAUAGAAAUCCUUCUCGUCGUCAUGGAUGGAUGGAAGAGGAUUUUCCCCCAAUACUUUGAAUCCGGACCUGAAUCGCUCAUGACCAGUUUCCAAGAUGGGCCAUGGGGCCAUAUGGACACCUUGAAGCCUGUGGUCCAGUUGAGCAAUUCGACUAUGACACCUCGCUGGUUGACACCUUCGGUUCCCCAUUGUUAUCAUCCACGAAAUAUACAAUGGCUGUAG